CUCUCUGGUCUCUGUCUGCCGUUGCACUGGAAUGGUUACCCGCGGAGCAUCAGCAAAGAAGAGCAAGUGAACCGAAGCGAAAGAGAAGAGGAGAGAGAAAGCACAAGAGGACAGUAACAUGGGGAAGAAUUAUUAGGCAUGAGGUAGGAGAGAGAAGUUGACAACCAGAGCAAGUGAAGGAGAGAGGGAGCGUGAUAAAUUUACAAAAAAAGAGAGGGGUGGAGAGUGAGAGAGUGUGAAAGACGGGAAAGCGAAGCAGUGAGGGGAUUAAAAAGCUGGAAUGCGUUGACACUGGAGACCUUAGUUUCUGUUUGCAUUUGGCACAGCAAGUCCUGUCACUCCACAGGUUUAUCAAACAUACACACACACACACACACACACACACAUACGCUCACACACACACACACUGUUUGCUUUGGAGGAUGAUCCCAGGAGGCCAUGCCAGGAGAAGAGAACACCUUCCAAGGAACUGGUAACCCCCCACCCCUCACCCUCAGCUAGCCUUCCCAAAAGUGCCCUCCCUCUGGCCCUCUCAGCCUACCUGCAUGAGUCACAACACGCUGGAGCUGGAGAGUCACAGAGUCACACUCACUGAGAGCUGAGAAUCCCUGGAUAGCCCACGGGACAGAGCUGCAGUCACCCUGGCUGAGAAAGACAGAGGAGCUUUACCGAUCUGCUGACCUGCAGGAUGUCCAAAGCCUCCAGGCUGGCCCGGCCCCCCUCAAUAGGGUCCAGAUCCAAGCUGCCCUCCCCCAGGAAGGAAUGCCCUGGCACGGCCGGUCGAGCCCGGGUUCUGAGUGUGGGGGAAAAGCUAAUGAGGGCAGGUAGCGACGGUAUCCUGAGCAGACAGAAGUAUUUAAAGGCCACUAUGCCACAGCACAAAGCACAGAGCGAGUCCCAGAAUCAGACUCCGGCCCCCAGCCAGAGUCCAGCUGAGAGGGGCCAAAACAUGGAGAUGGUCCCUCCCAAGAGCAUGAUCAGCACAACAAAAGCCUCAAGUCAGCAGCAAGGCUCUGUGCACAAACAAACCAAAAGCAACCUGAAGGUAACCUCCCCAGAGGACGCCCAGCACGUAAGCCGCAGACAGGCCUCCCCAAAUGGGACGGCCCCUUCAAGAGGGGACGCCAAAGGCAGCCGCACGGUCCCUCGAAGACACACGUUAGGGGGAGCCCGCAGCUCCCGAGAGAUCCUAGCUAUGCAGCCAUCAGACAUGGACAAGAAGAGGGAGGCCUUCCUGGAGCAUCUGAAGCAGAAAUACCCCCAUCAUGCCUCAGCGAUCAUGGGCCAUCAGGAAAGACUGCGAGAGCAGUCUUUACAGGGCAUGCUCUCCUCCCUUCACUCUGAGCUUGACAUUCAGAGGUACCUGAUGAAAAUCCAAUUGCCCCACAGAAGCAGAAGCCCAAAGCACGGCCCCCAGCACAGCAUCGGCGACCAGGUUGACCACCUAUCCCUGGCCUCCCUGGAGUCGUUGGACGCCAUGUCUGAUGCCGACGCACCUACAGCCUUUACCCGCGGCAGCCGGAUUCGUGCUAGCCUGCCCGUGGUGCGAUCGACCAAUCAGACGAAGGACCGUUCGCUAGGUGUGCUGUACCUGCAGUACGGGGACGAGACCAAACAGAUCCGCAUGCCUAAUGAGAUCACCAGCAUUGACACUAUCAGAGCUCUCUUUGUUAGUGCCUUCUCGCAGCAGCUCACCAUGAAGAUGUUGGAGUCGCCCAGCGUCGCCGUCUACGUCAAAGAUGACAUGAGAAAUAUGUACUACGAGCUCACUGAUGUCAGGAACAUCACGGAUCACUCCUGUCUGAAGGUCUACCACAAAGACCCAGCACAGGCGUUCAGCCACGGGCCAAGACCUGCCAAUAGCGAUGCCAGGAUCCACAGUGAGAUGGUGCAUGCCGGUCGUGAUGGCCCGCAACCUCUGAGACAGCCCCCCAUGGGUCCCCCAUCACACCACCCCAUGCAGGGAGCACUCCCCCCGACUCCCCACUCCAUGCCCCCAUCCCCCUCCAGAAUCCCAUUUGGCCCACGGCAGGGGUCUAUACCUGGCAAUGCCACUAUCCCAAGGGACCGGCUGUCUAAUGCCAACCCUCCGGCCCGCUCUAUCUCACCCUGUCCCAGCGCCAUUCUGGAGAGACGGGAUGUCAAGCCAGAUGAGGACAUGGGCGGCAAAGGCCACAGUCUUUCCAGGGGAAAUGAGGGGUUGUAUGCAGACCCAUACUUGCUCCAAGACGGAAGAAUUAGCAUGGCUACUGCCCAUGGACCACACCCCAGCCCUGGGCUUGAUGGUCCAGAUCAUGGCAUGGGGGGAUUUCACCGUGCCUCCAUCCGCUCCACAAGCUCUUACAGCGGGCCCAGUCCCACAGACACUAUGGAUCACCCCUCUCUGUACAGGCAGAAGUCCAGAAACAGCCAGCUGCCUACUUUGGGCUCCAAAACUCCUCCCCCAUCCCCUCACCGGAUGGCUGAUGUACGGAUAAUUGACAUCCAAUGCGGGCCUCCUCAUGGUGUGCCUCCUCAUGGUGUGCCUCCUCAUGGUGUGCCUCCUCAUGGUGUGCCACCUCAUGGUGUGCCACCUCAUGGUGUGCCACCUCAUGGUGUGCCACCUCAUGGCGUUCUCAUGGAGAGAAGCUCCCCUGUGCGCCAGUCCUUCAGGAAGGAGGAUAUGGCAGGGAACAAGCCCCGGAGCAACAUGGGAUCACCUGUAGUUUCAGACCUCCAGGGUCACCUCCAGGGGCCCAUCCCAGCUGCCAAUGAGCAUCACACACGAGUGCGAAUGAAGGCUAUGGAGCAACAGAUUGCCAGCUUGACUGGUCUUGUUCAGCAUGCACUUUUAAAGGAGCCAAACACUAGUGGCACCAAGGAGCUACUAAGCGAGAGACCACCGAAGACAUCAUCUCCAGCCCACAGUGCACAUAGCUCAGGUGGUUCCCCAGUCUUGGCUCCCAAGAGCAAUACAGCUCCAUCAGACAAGGGCCCAGUUCCUCUCAAAGUCAACCUCCUGCAGUUCAGGAAGAAUGUUUCUGACCUCAGGAUGCAACUCCAUCAGAUGAGACAGCUGCAGCUCCAGAACCAGGAGGCAUUACGAGUCCAGCUGAAGCGGGCCGAGCAGGAAAUCAGUGUUAGACUCGCAGAGGCCAUGCGGGGUCUGGAGGACCCUGUGCAGAGGCAGAGAGCUUUGGUUGAAGAGGACAGGCACAAGUACUUGGGUCUGGAGGAGCGUGUCCUCAUACAGCUUGGCGAGCUGGAGCAGUAUGUAGGCUCUCUGCAGAAAGACUCCGCAGCGACACACAGAGUAGUGACCCUGAAGGAUGUGGAGGAGGGAGCGGUGACUCUGAGGAAGGUGGGAGAAUCUCUGGCAGGGCUCAAAGGAGAGUUCCCAGCCCUACAAACGAGAAUGCGGUCUGUGCUCAGGGUGGAAGUGGAAGCUGUCAAGUUUUUGAAGGAGGAGCCUCAUAAACUGGAAAGCAUGCUGAAAAGGGUCAAGAGCCUGACUGAUACACUCAGCAGUCUGAAAAGAUGUGCUACUGAGGGCCCUCAGAAAGGACCUGAUCCCACUGCUAAUGUCCAAGUGGACAACAGCCCUUCAGCAGCAGCAGCAGCAGAAGCAGAAGCCCUUGCAGAAGCUGGCUCCACAUCAGCCCCACUGGAGCCCCAGAGCUCCACUAUCAAAUCAGAGGUGAUGCCUGCCUCUCCGGUGGUCAUCCAUCAUGUCCAGAGCUCCCGGGUCCACAUGCAGCAGUCCCAGCAGUCUGCAGCCUUGACAGCUCAGCCCAGCCCACCGCUCACCCCUAGCCCCUCUCACACCCCCAUUCCCAACCCGAGCAAGAGUCAAGGCUGGGAAUCUCCCAAGGGGGCAGCCUCGGAUCCACCGAGUCCUGCCCGUAAUAAGAAGACACAAGGGUACCCAGUGACUAAUGGCAACGGCACGGGUCUUGUCAUAGAAGAGCUCCAGAACAGUCAGGACAAGAGCAAAAACAGAGCCCUGUGCAUAAAGGCAGCAGAGAAGGAGUGGGAAGAGAGGAGGCAGAACAUGGGUCAUUAUGAUGGAAAAGAGUUUGAAAAGAUCCUCCAGGAGGCCCAGGCCAACAUGAUGAAGGGCAUUCCCAGUCUAGACAUGCAAGAGAACCCAGCACUUCCCCCUGCUGCCACUGCAGAACAAACAGACGUCCACAAGCAUGUGGAGUCACCGACAGAAGAAUCCCAGUCUGAGCCUCAGUCUGACGAACCAGGCAAGAAGGGGCCUCAGAAACUCCCAAAGCCUGUGUUGGAGAAACCAGCCAAACCUGCACUGGAGAGACCCUCCAAGACUGCCACCAAGCCAGCCCCCACUGAAGGUUUUACCAAGCAGGGGAUGGAAAAGUCCAUUAAGUCCCCACCACCACCUCCUCCAAGGAAGACGUACUCCAGCUCGAGCUCAGGUAUGACCACCACACGCUCUGGCGAAGUGGUCUACACCAGCAGGAAGGAGUCCGUCUCGGCACAGGAGGGUGAAGAGGACACUCCACCUCCCAGUCCCCAACCCAAGCCCAACAAGGUGCCACCAGAGACCAAGCCGAAGCCAGCCACCCCUCCCCCCAUCACUGCUUCUUUUACCAGAGAGGAGGAGGAUGAAGGGGACAAGAUCAUGGCAGAGCUCCAGGUAUUCCAGAAGUGCACAGUUAAGGAUGUAGGGGUGAAAAAUUUGGUAGAACCCACCUCUCGAAUUGAACCGCAAAUCAGAGAACUAAGACCAGGGGCCUUAUUGCCCCUCAAAGAGAAAAAGCAGAGCUCAGAGCCCACUCGAGAGGAUAAAGACCCAGACACAGAUGAAAAUGGGAAUACUACUGUCCGACAGAGCCAAGGGGUCAUAUACUAUGUGACUGGCCAGAUUCCCAAAGAGCAUCCACCCCCACCAGGAACGGAGGAAACCCCCGAACACCGAGAGCCCACACAACCUCCAUCACAGGUGUCAAAUGUCAAUGUUAACGACAAUUCUCCAAGCCAGCAGCAGCCGCCACUGUCUCCACCACCCAAAUCACCCCCACCUAUAACACCUCCACCUAUAUCACCUAAACCUGUGGGACUGAAAGGAUUCAAACUUCCAAGGAAGCAAGUUAAACGCUCCGAAUCCUUGAAGACCAGUGCAGAAAUGGAGAAGGGGAAAAACCUAAAUAAAAUUAACGCUGAAAAGAAAAGUAAAGUCAUCAAGCAACAUGUUUCUGCUAGUAAGAAUAUAAUACCUGAGCCUGUGGCAACCACAACAACCAGUACUUUAAGAGAGGCGCCUAAAAGUUACCUUGCUCCACCUAAAAAGGCUCUUAGUGAGGAUAGUGAUCCACCUAAAGCUAACUGUGAGGAGGGUAAUGAGGAGGCUAGUCUUAGUCCUGACUUACCUGGAGAAGAGGCACCUCCACCCCCUGACAACAUAGCAUUUAUGAUCACUAACAGCAAAGUCCAGGCCCUGUCUUGUGGCGAGUACCAGGACCUGGUCAAUGCCAAGAAAGGAAGUGUCCAGACUUUUACUGUGGGUAGCGCCACUAACCGAGGGAACGCCACAGCAGAUCCCAAUGGGCCACAAGAUAAUGGCUUUAACAAGAAGCCCGUCAUCAUCAUUUUUGACGAGCCCAUGGACAUCCGUUCAGCAUACAAGCGCCUGUCCACCGUCUUUGAAUGUGAGGAGGAACUGGACAGGAUGCUCGCGGCAGAGUGCAUCGAGGAGGAGAGUGAGGAGUCGGACACGGAGAGGAGUGGUGGGCUGCAGGUUAAAGCGGGAGGGACUGAGGUGGUCGACGGCAUAAACGUCAUCACGUCACGGGUCACUGCAGACCACUUUAGCAUAUCAUCCUCAUCUUCGUCUUCAAUCUCUGAGCUGACGGACAGUGGUGUAAACUCUGAGUCAAAUGGUGACGCCAAGCAGGAUGUUAAGAAGAAGUUCAAGUUUAAGUUCCCUAAGAAACAGCUGGCCGCACUGACCCAGGCGAUUCGCACGGGCACCAAGUCAGGCAAGAAGACUUUACAGGUGGUUGUGUAUGAAGACGAGGAGGAACCCGACGGUACUGUCAAGCAACACAAAGAAGCAAAGAGAUUUGAGAUCACACGUUCAAAAUCCUUGGCAGAUGCUCCCAAGGCAACAGGCUCAGUCGCGCUGAAGAGACAGAACUCCGACUCCCUCUACAGGACGGAUGAGAUCCGGAAAAACACCUACAAGACACUGGACAGCCUGGAGCAGACCAUCAAGCAGCUGGAGACCACUAUCAGUGAGAUGGGACCAUGCUCCCCUGGGGAGCCAGUCUUCACGGAGGAAGCUAAAGCAGGGAAUGGGAAAAGCUCAGAAGGAGUGGGGCUGAAGAGGUCCUCCUCUCUCCCUACCUCCAGAGGGUCAGGCCCUAAGGUACCCAGCAAAAAUUAUUUGCAGAAGAAGACUAAACCUCAGCUCCUUCCUCGCCCUGUAGUCAUCCCUACUACCACCACCACCACAACCGUCCCCAGUGUCCCCAGCACCGUACAACAGAUCCCCUUGCAGAACACCAGUGUCGCUUCCCCUACUAGUCGGAUGCCCGUCCCUUUGUCUGCGAAGUCCAGGCAGUCGCCGGGUACUACUGACAAAGCAGGAAAACAGCAAAAACUGCAGGACGCUCAGAGGCAGUUCCGACAGGCUAACGGAAGUGCUAAAAGAGUGGGAGGGGAUCAUAAAACUACUUCCCCUACUAUACCCACCUCUAAAAUCCCUGCUUUUUAUCCUAGCUCUACUAAAGGCAGCUCCCAGUCUGCACCAAACUCAGAUGCUACUAAUCCCAUUAACUCUUCCUCCUCCUCCUCUUCCUCCUCUGUGACAAAGUCAUCCAUCCUGUCCUUUCACACUCCUCGUUCAGGUUCCCAACCCUCCUCCCACAUCCCCUCCCUGUCUAACGGUUCCCUCAAACUCCCCACACCCUCACAGCACACAGGUAAAGCUCUCUCGUUCUCCUCGCAGACUCAGAAUGGUCGAGUGCACUCCUCCUCCUCCUCCUCUUCAUUCUCCUCCUCAUCCUCCUCCCCCUCCCCUCUGUCGCCCACACCUUUGGGCCCAGGUGGAAAGAGCAUCCGCACCAUACACACCCCCAGCUUCACCAGCUACAGGUCCCACAACGGCAGCAGCGGCAAAUCCUGCAUCCCAACAGCCACAGCAGCUAAGGACACUACCUAGCCUCAUUAUCGCCCCUCUGGCUUUACCGCAUAGCAGGUAGAGCUGGUCAUGUUUCAUUAUAUAUAGUUUUGGUUUGCUGUUUUUAUUUCUGUUUUUGAACGUUUUUGUAAAAGUAUUAAGUGAUGCACUCCCCCACUUCAUGUUUUAUUUGACACUCACAUUCUCACACCAAUGCUUAUCUCCUAUAAAUUGCAAUUUUCAGUUUUGAAAAAUACUUACUUAGAUUCUGAUUGUUUUUUGGAGGUGUACCAGAUGUUCUGACAAAAUAUUUUAAUAAAAAAAUGUGUAGUUUUACCACUUUGUAGUUGAAGUGGAAGGCUCUCAUGGUGUUGGAAAUCUAUUUUUCUUGCUAUAGCUAUGAAUAGGGAAUAUAGAGUUGAUGUACAAUCACAAAGUACCAUGUAAAAAUUUUGUUUUAUUUUUCAAACCAGAGAUUGAAUAACCAUAGUAUAUUUAAUCUUCUAUAUUUCUUAUGUUGCCAGACAUUCAACACAGCCCUUGUAAAUGCCUUUUAUGAGUGUAUACAUAAUGUAUACAGACGUUUAAAAGUUGAAUUCAUUGUUAACUUGUUUUCCAAGAGAAUUUUAUCAUUUUUCACCCAUAUGAACUGCCAAUUUCUUUUACAGAUAUGUAAAGCUGUUAUGAUAAAUAACAAAAGUUUUCAUUUUAGUGUGCCUAUUUGCCAAAGUUGUAGUACAAUGACUCACUUCAGGCCUAACUCAGUCACAAGAUUUAGGGGAGUUUACAUGCACUCUCUUGGUGUGAUGGCUGAAGUAUUGACCUCAGUGUCUGCUGGUCUUGGUUUGUUAAGUUAACAUGUAUUGUUGUCUAAAUGUAAACUGUACUAAAAAGUGAAUCAGUUCUACCACAUGUACAUAGAUGCUUCUACUAAGAAAAUAAGUAGUUUUGUUAACAUACCAAAGUUUAUUUGUAUGCAUGCCUUUCAAAUACUUUAGGAGAGUGGUGUAAAAGAAGAAUUAUGUUUGCACAGAUAGAUUUUGUAAAUAUCUGGUUUUCUCUCAUUUUUGUAAAGCUUUAAAUCAUACUAUAAAGGAGCAAUGUGGUAAAGACAAAAACUGUGUUGGAGUAGCAAAAAUAAAGACUUGCAUGCUUGUAA